AUGGAUGCAAACACAUCCAUUAGAACGGAAACAACGAUGGAGUGUGCUACCCCUACGAGCGCUUCCGAUUUGGCGAACGAUCAAAAGCGACGCAGCUCUUCUAGAUCGAUCAAACGGAAGCGUUUUGAUGAUGAAAUAGUCGAGUUCAGCAUGAGCAGCACACCGAUACAGCAGAUCAAAAGUGUCGGUGGUAGAUCCCGCACACUCUCUCAGUCGAUGACACCACUGGGAACCGUGCCUGGUCCGAGUCAGGUUGGUUCGCCCGGCCCUAGUGCGAUCGGACCGACCGGUUCCCCAACUAUCCCUAUCGAACCAAUGCAAGUGGCUCCGUCCAUUUUGCAAACUCCGACGAUUCCGGCCGCUGUCGUUGCUCCACCACCACCAACACCCACGGUAACAUUACCACCACCGCCAACUCCCAAUCCGGCCACCAGCAUCCUCCAACAGCUAAACUCGAAUGCAUCGGUAAACGACAAGAAGCGCGCCCUGAGGAAUAGCAAAAAAACGAAAAAGAAAAGUGCCUCCCAGCAGGUUGCCGCCAAAGAUCUGGGACGCUGGAAACCGAUGGAUGAUCUGGCCCUGAUUACCGGUAUCUUACAAACGAACGAUUUGCGUACGGUGCACCGCGGCACUAAAUUCUCGUGCAAGUUCACCAUCCAGGAAAUGCAGAUACGCUGGUGUUCGCUGCUGUACGAUGAAUCAAUCUCACGGAUCGCGGUGUCGGCAAUGCGUAACAUGCACCCGGAGCUGGUGGAGAGUGUACAGAGCAAGGCGCUCUUUUCCGUUGCCGAGGAAGAGUUGCUCGGGACGAUCAAAUCCAACGAGCAACCCACGCUCGAAAUGUUCCAGGAGCUGCUGAACAAGAACUCGUCCGUGUUUUACCACUCUCGCACCGCCAAGAAUCUGCUCAACCACUGGCAGCUGAUGAAGCAGUACUCGCUACUACCCGACCAACCCGUUCAGUCGCUGCCGAAGAACGAUAACAUGUUGAGCUUCUCCGAUGCGGAAGAUCUCAUGAACGAUGCCGAACUGGGCGAUCCGCGAGACGAAGCUCUCGAGACGGAACUCGCAUUGGCCGACCGAAAAAGCAAGAAAGAAAUUAGGCACCUAGAGAACGAGCUGAACCGUUGGAGCGUUCUGGUUGAUUCACUGACCGGGAUUGGCUUUUCACCCGAUUUCGACAACCAAACGUUGGCUGCCAUUCGGGGCCGUAUGGUGCGGUUCUUGAUGCGUUCCCAGGAGAUCGUUCUCGGCCGCUCGACCAAGGACAGUACGGUGGAUGUUGACCUAUCGCUAGAAGGACCAGCCUGCAAGGUGUCUCGCAAGCAAGGAUCCAUCAAACUCCGAAGCAAUGGGGAUUUCUUCAUCACGAAUGAAGGCAAACGGCCGCUGUACAUCGAUGGGCGACCAUUGCUCUGCGGUCAUAAGACGCGCCUGAAUGACAACUGUGUCAUUGAGAUUUCGAACCUGCGCUUCGUUUUCUUGAUCAAUCACGAUUUUAUCAACGCAGUACGGCAGGAAAGUGCCAAGAUGAACAUUCCUCUCAACUGA